AUGUCUACUAUCAAGGCCUCAAAGUCGAAGCCAUUACAGAUGCUCCAGCCCACCCAUGGAGGGAUCUGUGGGGGGUUGUCCCGGCCCAUCUGGAUAGCAGAAGGAAUCGCUCUGAUACAGGCCGAGCCCUCGAAAGGACCUUCCCCCGCCGCUUAUCUUCGGUCCGCUGUCGAUAUACCCACGGGAUGGCGGGAACGACGGUGGAAAGGACAAGGAGCAGCGGCGAAAGUGAUCGAAAAGCUUGGGCGUUGGGGCCAGCCGGAGACCGAUGAGACUGAGACUGAGACUGACAGGCCGGCAAGGGGACAGACUGAGCGUAGAGCAUGUAGAGGCCGUCAGCCCGGCCACAAGUUCGACAUCAACAGCAGCAUCAACAUCACCAUCAAAUAG